ACACUUUUGCAAGGUUUCAUGGUCUAUGCAGAAGGAAUGACUGCAGUUUUACCUUUCCUCUGCCUGCUUGGUCUGGUUUGACUAGUUCUAGGCUUAAUCACAGUAUCACUGCAGGAGGGUUGACAAGAGGGAGGGGAGAUAUAUAGAGAAAAAAGAAGGUGUACAGAAAGCAAGCAAACAGGUCAGCAGUGAACGAGAGUGAGAAAAGUCUGUAGGAACUGUCUCUGAACUGUCUUUCUCUCUCCAGCGGACACGCUAAGGAUAAAUCAGAAUCAGUGACUUGUCAAGUUCUGGAUUCCUUGGGAUUGACAGCCUGUAGAAAUUAUGUCCAGUUUCCUGUAUUACCUGCUUCCAGCAGUAGGGGGAUAUGCCGUAGCAUCCAUCUACCUGCUGAAGAAUCCGCACAUCCUGCACAAAAAGAAGCAGACAGCCUUCCAUUGCAGGCACAUCUCACACCGAGGAGGUUCUGGGGAGAGAAUUGAGAGCACCAUGGAGGCUUUCACACAUGCAGUGGAGGUGGGGACAGAGAUGCUUGAGCUGGACUGUCACCUUACUCGAGAUGGUCACGUGAUUGUAUCGCAUGAUGACAACCUCCUGCGGCAGACUGGGCAAGACGUCAACAUCUCCGAUCUAAACCUCGAGGAGCUUCCACUGUAUAAGGAAGAACUUGAAGUUACAUUUUACGCAGGUCACUACGGCACUGGCUCAGACAGAAAGUUUGCCCUGUUGGAAGACGUCUUCAGCAAGUUUCCAAGGAUCCCCGUGAACAUUGAGGUGAAAGAGACCAACAUGGAGCUGAUCGAAAAGGUGUCUGCUCUUGUGAAGAAGUACAAACGAGAGGACAUUACUGUUUGGGCAUCUGUGGAGUCUUCUAUCAUGAAAGAAUGCCGUAAAGUGAAUUCUACUAUGCCUUACAUGUUCACGGAAAUGCGUGGCCUACAGCUGCUUCUGCUGUACUACACAGGACUUCUGCCCUUCAUUACCUUGGGAGAAAGCUUCCUGCAGUACUACCUUCCCCAAGUCAUCAACAGGACUUAUAUCCCAGAGCCUGGCAUUCUCAGGAACAGUUUGGUCAUCUCACUAAUUCAAAAGCUGACUUUGAGGAAAGGUUUGUUUCAGCAUUUGAAAGACAGAGGAAUUCAGAUUCAUCUGUUUGUUUGUAAUGAAGAACAGGACAUCGAGGCUGCUUUUGCAGCAGGAGCAACCGGAGUCAUGACUGAUUAUCCUACACUCUUAUCAAACUACCUUAGGAGGCACCCACAGGCCACAUGAAUAAAGUUGAACACGGAGUUAAUGAAUGAAUAAAUGAAUAAAUAAAUAAAUACUACAUAGCAGUAUAGAUUGACAAAAAUGCCUAUAAAGUCUGGCUCUGUAUGCAAAAGUGUAUUUAAAAGUUAAAUAACAGUGAAUGCUCACAUUAAUUCAGUCUGACUUUGUGCCACUUGUGGAUUGGCCGAAAGAAGAAAAAAAGAAAAAUCUCAAAUUUCAUAUAAGGAAACAUGACAAUGGAUCUAGAAUUUUGGGUGAUUCCAUGUAAUGUUAGAACUACAAUAUUGAUCUUAAUGACUUAAGUUAUAUUAUACAUCAACUGACUUCCCCGUUUCUGAAUUGUGCUGAAAUUAUAAACUUUUUGGUUUUGCUCCAGAUUGCAGAUUUCAUCAUCUUUGCGAGAACAUGAGGUUCCAGGGAAUACCAGUGGCCAAAGUAAUAUAACAAAUCAUGAGACUGAAGAACAGUUUGUAAUUCCUAGAUUUCACAAUUUUCUCAGAAAUUCAUAGUUCAAUUUAGUGCCACAGUCCAAAACAAGAAAGCACAUUUCUAAUAAACUCAGCAUGAUGUUGUGUAGAGAGCCAAUUAUGUCAUACCUUUACAAGAAUAAAACACAGGACUUUAUUUCUUUUGAUAAUCUUUGCUAAUAAUAUAAUAGUAUACAUAUAUAAUAACAUAUAUAAUAUACUUAUAUUGUAUAAACAUAUCACAUCACAUCAGAAGCAUUUUAAUCUGAUGUAUCUUAUACUGAUACAUUCAUUGACACUCAGCUGUUUAGUCCCGGUCCUGUGAGUUCUUGUCACAUUGUGCAUUUAAAAAUCUUCUCACUUUCACUAUUAAAAAUUUGCAUGAUU